AUUCGGGAACAGCAACAAAGACACUCAACGAUGCAUUAGAUAAAUAUAACCAUUCAACAGGAACAGAUUUAAUUCAUGCUAAAGGCAGAGCAACAGCAUAUGUUACUGGAUUACAUAUUCCACAAAACGCCGAUGCUGCUGCUCAUGAUGCAACAAAAUUUAAUGCAGUAACUGAUGCACUAACAAAGGCUAAUAAAGCAAUUAGUGAUGCUGACACAGUUGAAAAGGCAAACAAACUGGCUACUGCAGAUUCGGGAACAGCAACAAAGACACUCAACGAUGCAUUAGAUAAAUAUAACCAUUCAACAGGAACAGAUUUAAUUCAUGCUAAAGGCAGAGCAACAGCAUAUGUUACUGGAUUACAUAUUCCACAAAACGCCGAUGCUACUGCUCAUGAUGCAACAAAAUUUAAUGCAGUAACUGAUGCACUAACAAAGGCUAAUAAAGCAAUUAGUGAUGCUGACACA